UUUGUUUCUUUAAAAAUUGUUUUAUAUUUUGGCACUUAUCAUCAUCAUCGGUAUUGCAAUUUAUUUUUCAUUCAAUCAGCUAAGUUCGUUACGUGUAUCGUAUACUGAUCGACUAUGUUAAUGAGAAAAAUCUGAUUGCGAUUCAAAAAAAAAUCAAGUUUGAGACACGUAGUAGAAAAAAAUUUCUUUUUCUCACCACAAUGAUGUGUCAGAAAUUAUGAGAUUAUUAUAUCUCAUUACUUGCAUAAUAAUAACAUCUUCUAGUCCAUAUGUCGUUUGUAUGUAACUAAGUAUGUAAAUAAAGAAAGAAAUAAAUCAACCAGAAUCGAUGAUAUAAUAAAUGUAUAAUGAUGAAACAAUAAUAUUGCCAAUAUGGAUAAAAAAUUAAAUUCCAAUAAUGAUGGCCAUCAUCUAGAUCAAAAUGAAUUGAUUAAUCAUCAGGCCAGGCAAUCUAUACCGAUUCAGCGACAAUAUUCUCCUGCUAACUCUUCGCAAAUCAAUUUGCAAUUACCGUCAACAAGUUCAAGGAACAAUAAUCGUAACAAUUAUCAUCAAAAUAUACCUACCAACAGUUCAAUACCAUUCAUAAUUAAUGAAGAUUCACAACAACCUCCAUCAGCUAAUAAUUACCUUAGUCAAUCAUGGAAGAAUGCAUUACAAAUGUCAGCAUUGAAUAUGCCUUCAUUGCCGGAUUAUUUUACCUCCGUACCGAUGCCAUCGAUGCCGAAUAUAACAAUGCCUAAUUUGCCAUCCAUGCCAACAUUGACCAUGCCGUCUAUGCCUUCGAUGCCAAAUCUUUCAAUGCCAAACAUUUCGAUGCCUUCGAUGCCAAACAUUAAUUUCCCAUCAAUCAGUGAUUUUAUGCCUUUUUAUCUAGGAAAAAACAUAAAAUCUUGGGAACAGAUCUGUGCGUCAGUGCGUGAGGCGAGAAAAAAAUAUACAUCCAUUUGUCCAUCUUUACCGUUUGAUUUCAAUUUCGGUUAUGAUUCCAAACGUGAAAAGCUUCGAAUCUAUUUUCUAGCAUCGAUUAAUUCAUUGGAAACAACCCUUUAUUACUGUGAUGUUGAUUUGCUCAAAAAUUCAACCACUUAUACCAAUGAAGUUUUAUUAGAUUUUAUCGGUGAUGAAUCUGACCAAGCUGAUUUUCCUAUUGAUAUCGAACAUAAACAACAACAGCAGCAAGAGCAAAAUCCACAAUUACUGCAAAAUUCAUCAUCAUCAUCAUCAUCAUAUUACCAACAAAAAACCAACAAUGAAGUUAGAAGCAGAUCAAACUCCGAAACAAAUAUUGAUAUUGCCGAUUGUGACCUAGAUUUAGAUAAUAAUGCCAGUUCCGGUUCUCCUACUUCGAUGACCUUAUCGACGCAAUCGCUAUCAUCAUCUAAUUCGAAUGAAUCUUAUAUGAACACAUCAUUGUUACAUAAAUCCAUUUCAUCGCCUACAUCAUCGAUUUCCAAUCUGGAAACGAUCGAAUGGAAACCAUUGAUCACUAAUCUGGAUGAAUUGAUCAAUCUUGAACCAUAUACUCAGCAGCAAACUAAUAAUGAAAAAUCAACCCAUGAAACAGUGCAACAAUCAUCGACAAGUUCACAUGAAGAGGAUCUAAUACUACAGCGUAAACGAAUAAUUUUGAAUGGAAUUUUUUCCUAUGAUUUUCAUCCGAAAAUGGCGAGAUUUGUUUUCACCAUGAAAAAUGCAAUCUAUUGGUUUGAUGAUAUUGCGAUAAACGGGGCUAAUCAUUUAUCUGAAAUGAAGGAACAAAACAAUCGGUCUGAAGUGAGAAAUACAACAAAUCUUUUUCCGCCAUAUAUACCGCAAAAAUUGAUUAAUAAUGAUUAUAUUAAAUUGAAUGCAACAAUUUGUCCUUAUAAACCGGAUUUAGUUGCCUAUACUGCUGAUAAUGAUCUCUGGGUUUGUGACCUGAUUUCGGGAUCAGAAAUCCGUUUAACCAACACAAACUAUACAAAAACGGCCAUUAUGGCCGGUCGACCUUCAUUUGUGAUGCAAGAAGAAUUUUCUCGAUACAUUGGAUUUUGGUGGAGACCAUCUUAUCAAAUCUAUCAAAAUGUUUAUACGAUUCUAUGUGAAUUUGUUGAUGAAUCGGUCGUGGAACGUAUAUCGAUUUCAGGCUGGGGUAGCAUGGAUGAAGUCCAUCGUUUUCCAAAACCUGGUUCAACUAACGCUAAAUCCACAUUGAAGCUUGUUCAUUUUGCCUUUAUCAAUUCAUUAGGUCGAUCGAAAGAUCGACAACUACGAUUAUUGAAAAUUGAAGAUUUGCAUAUCAGAUUGGAAUCAAUAUAUCGUGAAUAUGAGUAUUUAACGCGAUGUGAUUGGUUGAAUGAUGAUGUCAUAUGGGCACAGCUCUUGAAUCGUCAGCAGAAUCAUAUGGCUAUUGUCUUAUAUUCAAUUUCGAACCGAUUCCCACCGCAAAUUAUCCAUACUGAAUCGCAUCGUGAUCAUUGGUACAAUUGUCACGAGAUUUUAUAUUUUUUAAAAAAUAAACCUCUCGAAAAUGAUAAAAGCGAUGGCAAUAUGAUUGCGAUUCCGAAUCUUACUGACAAUGAAAAUGACAAUGGUGAUGGUGAUUACGAUGUUAUAAUGGUAGGAAGUAAAGUGGAAUUUUUAUGGUCAUCCGAAGUGACUGGUUUUCGUCAUCUGUACAAAAUUUCCGUUGAGAUUGCCAAUUUUCCUGAGAAAAUCCAACUGGAUAAUGAUGAUUCGUUUGUUAACGAUGAAAAACACAUAGAAAGAAUGAAUCAAGAAACUAGAAAUCAAUUAUCUAAUCAUGAACUGAAAGCCGAGUUAUUGGAGAAUCGUCAAUUGACCUAUGGCAAUUGGGAAGUAUCCGAGUCAAUGUACUGGGUGGAUGAACAAAAUGAUUUGAUAUUUUUUCUGGGAACACGCGAUAGUCCACUUGAGAAUCAUUUGUAUGUCAUAUCAUCAUCACAAUCAUCUCGAAUUGCACCUAGACGUCUUUCAAAAGAAGAUUUUACCCAUACCAAAAUCGUGUUUGAUCCUAAAUUCAGAUUCUGUAUCGAUUUCCAAUCAAAUGUAUCGAUUCCACCAUUUGGUUAUCUACAUAAAGUGGUUGCACCGGUGGAUAAUCCUUUGAAUAUCAACCUGGAACCGCAAUAUAUGUUUCUAAAUCUUCCCGAUGAUAUCAAAGUAGAGGAUUCUAUGGAAUAUUAUGAAAAAGUGCAAAUAUUAGGCCCGACUCCACAUUUAUUCGAAUGUAAACUACGAAGCGGUGAAUUAAUUUAUGGAUUUCUUUUCAAACCGGAAUUCAUGGAACCUGGUUUCAAAUAUCCCGUUCUAUUGGAAAUAUAUGGAGGUCCUGAAGUGCAAUUAGUUACGAAAUCUUUCAAAGAUCUGAGAUACCACCGAAGACAUUUGAUUGCAUCGGAAGGUUAUGUUGUCGUUGGUUUUGAUUCUCGGGGAUCAAAACAUCGUGGUGUUGAAUUUGAGAAACAUAUUUAUAAACGUCUGGGACAAGUUGAAAUUGAUGAUCAAGUGGAAGCAUUGCAAUGGUUAGCUGAUAAUACGGGUUUUAUCGAUAUGAAUCGUGUGGCCAUUCAUGGCUGGUCAUUCGGUGGCUAUCUAUCAUUGAUGGCUUUAGUUAAACGGCCAGACAUAUUCAAAUGUGCAAUAGCUGGUGCACCGGUUACCAACUGGUUACUAUAUGAUACAGGAUAUACAGAAAGAUACAUGGGGUUGCCGUCUGAAAAUGCGGAAAACUACCAACGAAGUAGCAUUCUUAGCUAUAUCAAACACUUUCCCAACGAAUAUAAUCGUUUGCUAAUAAUUCAUGGUCUAAUGGACGAAAAUGUUCAUUUCUGUCAUACGGCACAAUUGAUUCAAGGUUUGGUGAUGGCCGGUAAACCAUAUCAAUUAAGUAUUUACCCAUACGAACGUCAUAGCCUGAAAAAAAUCAACAGUGCCGAACAUUUUGAAGCAACAUUGAUACAUUACUUACAGCAAAAUCUUUAAAAUGAUUUCAAUCUCUCUGUUUCUUUUUGUUUUUUGUUUUAUAAAAUUUGUACGAACACGAUUGUUUAUAAUGUGAAUCAAUUCCAUUUAUCAUUAAGUCUAUAUCAUCAUUUUUUUUUGUCAUCAACUAAUCUUUUUUUUGCAUCCAUUUAUUGAAAUUUUACUGUUUCGAAUAAACAUUAUUUCACGAAUAAAUAUUGAAAAUUGAUUG